AUGGAGAAUAAGAACAAUGUAACAGAGUUUGUUCUACUGGGACUUACAGAAAACGCAAAAAUGCAAAAAAUCUUAUUUGCUGUGUUCUUAGUCGUCUACAUCACCACUGUGGUAGGAAAUGUGCUCAUUGUGGUCACCGUCACCACCAGCCCAUUGUUGGGAUCCCCCAUGUACUUUUUCCUGGCCUGUCUCUCCUUUAUUGAUGCUUGCUAUUCCUCUGUCACUACCCCUAAAGUGAUUGUAGAUUCACUUCGUGCAAGGAAAACCAUCCUAUUCAAUGGAUGUAUGACUCAAAUGUUUGGAGAACAUUUAUUUGGAGGUGCUGAGGUCAUUCUUCUUACUGUGAUGGCUUAUGACCGCUACAUAGCCAUCUGCAAGCCCUUGCACUACACAACCAUCAUGAACCGGAGAGUGUGUGUCCUGCUAAUGGGAGUCUCAUGGGUGGGAGGCUUUCUUCAUGCCAUCAUACAGAUCUUUUUCAUGUUUCAAUUACCUUUCUGUGGCCCUAACAUCAUAGAUCACUUUAUGUGUGAUCUGAACCCUUUGCUUAAACUUGCCUGCACUGAUACCCACAUUCUAGGGCUGUUUGUUGCUGCCAACAGUGGAUUCAUGUGUUUGUUAAUAUUUCUCCUCUUGCUGGUCUCCUAUGUGGUCAUCUUGUACUCCCUAAGGAACCACAGCUUAGAGGGGAGGCACAAAGCCCUCUCAACUUGUGUUUCCCACAUCACAGUGGUUGUCUUAUUCUUUGUGCCCUGCAUAUUUGUGUAUGUCAGACCUGUAGUCACUUUACCUGUUGAUAAAGCAGUUGCUGUGUUCUAUACAAUCAUAAGUCCCAUGAUGAAUCCCUUAAUCUAUACUUUCAGAAAUGCCCAGAUGAAGAGUGCCAUUAUGAAAUUGGGCAGUAGGAAAACUAGUUCAGGUGAUAAAUAA